AUGAUGGAAGUCUUUCAGCAGCCAGUCCUACAUGUCGAAGCGCGUGUCAAAAACAACGGAGAUGGUAUCAUAAUUCGCACUGACCUGAUUAGGGAAGAGGUCACAAAAUGGCUAGUUGCCAAUUUCGUCGUUCUCAGCCUCGGACAGGAAAUAUCCUCCUUUGAAGGCUUGAGCGAUUCACAUGCUCAGGCCAUAGACUCUGUGGUUGUCACCGAAUGCUCCGGGGAAGAUAUGGAAACCGGAGCAUAUAGACUCCAACAGGUUGAACUUGAUGUCCAAGCGUAUCAGCUUCGCGCACCAUUAGAGCAAGAAAGCUCUCAACACACUCUACCUCUGGAGGAAUCCAUGGACAGCAAGGAUGAAGAUCCAAAAGCAAGGGUACUUAGCCUACCAAGCAGAGAACUGGACGGACUGUGGGAGUCAUUGCAGUUUGACCAGCCGCUUAAGUCUAUGUUGCUUCGUGCAAUCACCAGGAUGGUAUCAUACUCUUCUCGAAAACUCAACAGAUGGACAAUCAACUGGAAUAGACUGAUUCUUUUGUGGGGACCGCCAGGAACAGGAAAAACAAGCCUCUGUCGUGGCCUCACUCAGAAACUUGCAAUACGCAUUGGAAAACAUUAUCCCCAGAGCAAGCUUGUUGAAAUAAACGCUCACUCACUUGGUAGCAAGUUCUUCGGUGAAAGCGGGAAGCUGGUAAGCAAAACCUUUGAGAACAUUGAGUCGUUGCUCGAAGAGGAAGAAGAUACCUUUGUCUGUCUGAUCAUCGAUGAGAUAGAAACGCUAGCGGCUCGAAGAGAGAGAGCGCUGGGUGGGAAUGAGCCAUUCGACGCUGUACGUGCGGUCAAUGCACUUCUCACAGGUUUGGAUAGAUUGAAGACCCAUGCCAAUGUUGUUGUAAUUUGUACGAGCAAUUUGGUCACAGCUCUGGACCAAGCUUUCCUCGACCGAGUCGAUAUCAAGCAGUUCGUACCAUACCUGUCCAACAGAGCUAUAUACGGAAUUUACAAAGAAUGCCUGGAAGAAUUGAGUCGGUGUGAGAUCAUUGAGGGAGCCUCGUUUGAUGUCGUCCAAGUGAACCCCGAUAAUCCCCAGACUGCACUGCAAUAUGUGGAGCAGGCUACGGAGGCUCUACUGCUACCCACAUUUGAUGAGAUGCUCCUCAAUUAUCAGAUGUUUCCGGAAUCUGUCCCCAAGCAGCUUGGUGAUGCAGCAUUGGAGAGCAUGAGGGUUCUUAAUAUCAUCAGUAUGCUGGCACGUACUGUCUCGCGCAGCGUGCCCUUCCGGGGUAUCGCUCGGCAGUCCUUGAACAGAGCAUCCACGCGUGCGUCUUCUUCCGCCGCCGGUGCCGAAUCCGCCAGCUCCCCCUUCCACCUCACAGUCACUGCGUCCGUCGCAACCGCCGUCGCCGUCGGAUCCGCCGCCUAUCUCUAUGGACAGGAAGCUUUUGCAUCGACCCCUGCUGAGGAAGGGUUGCAUCCUACCAACUACCCUUGGGAACACGCCAAGUGGAACAAGACCUUCGACCAUGCGGCCCUCCGUCGUGGUUUCCAGGUCUACCGUGAAGUCUGCGCUUCCUGCCACUCCUUGACCCGUGUUCCAUGGCGUUCGUUCGUUGGUGUCAUGCACACCGUCGAUGAGAUGAAGGCCAUGGCUGAGGAGAACGAAUACGACACCGAGCCCAACGACCAGGGCGAGAUCGAGAAGCGUCCCGGAAAGCUGUCGGACUACAUCCCUGCUCCUUACAAGAACGAGGAGGCUGCCCGUGCUGCCAACGGUGGUGCUCUUCCCCCUGAUCUUAGCUUGAUCGUCAAGGGCCGUCACGGUGGCUGCAACUACAUCUUCAGUCUGUUGACUGGUUACCCUGAUGAGCCCCCAGCUGGUGCCACUGUCCAGGAGGGCAUGAACUUCAACCCCUACUUCCCUGGAACCGCUAUUGCCAUGGGUCGUGUCCUCUUCGAUGGUGUUGUUGAGUACGAGGACGGCACUCCUGCCACCACCUCCCAGAUGGCUAAGGACGUUGUUGAGUUCCUUAACUGGGCUGCCGAGCCUGAGAUGGACGACCGUAAGAAGAUGGGUGUCAAGGCCAUUGCCCUCCUUACCGGUCUCUUCGCCGUCAGCGUCUGGGUUAAGCGUUACAAGUGGUCUCCAAUCAAGACAAGGAAGAUUGUGUACAGCCCCCCUGUCUCCCGGCGCUGAACGAUAUAACGGACUAUAUGAAUUGCAAAAAGUGAGGGAUCGACGGCCAGAGAACCUUGAAUAAUCGACCCCAACCUUAUUAGGUUUGGUCACGUCGCCGUUCCUUCAUCAGUCGCUCUUAUGUAUGGUCUGGCCUCUGCUUGUUUUGUUAGAUGUUAUUCAGGACACCUGUAUCUGUACCCUAGAUAUUUUUCUCCUUUGAAAAUCUUGUUUGAAGACCCAAUGUCACAUUUUCCUUUGUCUGCUUUCAUAUAUGAAUUUUGCUUCAUUACGCGGGUAGACUCUUUUGCCUAGACCGAGGUAAUCUGCCGAUGCUGGCUUCGCCUCAGCAGUUGCCAUUAUCGCAUUUCAACGCUAGUCGAACAGUUCUAAGGCAGGUAUGUAACAAAAAGGGGUCGGGAAUUGUACUUAAAAUCUUAAUGUUUUCAGCCUUUGGAUUGGUUCUGAUUAUAUAUAUAUAUAAAUUAAAAAUUGAACCAUGUCCCCUA